CGGUUCCGGGAGCAACGAACGGCCGCGGCAGCGACAGCUACCGCUUCAGAGGAAGCGUCUGCGGAGGAGGAAGAAGAGCAGGGCAAGGCGGGAGUCACAGGCGGGACCCUCGCCAUGGGUCCGCGGACCUAGAGCGGCGGAAGCUACCGGCCCGGUGCCGAGCUGGCCGCUGCUCCUUCCCUUGGCUCCCAUGGCUGAGGACUGGCUGGACUGCCCAGCCUUGGGCCCUGGCUGGAAGCGCCGUGAGGUAUUUCGAAAGUCAGGUGCCACCUGUGGACGCUCAGACACCUAUUACCAGAGCCCCACAGGAGACAGGAUCCGAAGCAAAGUUGAGCUGACCCGAUACCUGGGCCCUGCGUGCGACCUCACCCUCUUCGACUUCAAACAAGGCAUUCUGUGUUAUCCAGCCCCCAAGCCCCAGUCCUUAGCUGUCCCUAGCAGGAAGCGGAAGAAGCCUUCACGGCCAGCCAAGACUCGGAAACGUCAGGUUGGACCCCAGAAGGGUGAGGUCAGGAAGGAGGCCCCAAGAGAUGAGACCAAGGCUGAUGCCGACACAGCCCCAGCUUCACUCCCUGCUCCUGGGUGCUGUGAGAACUGUGGAAUCAGCUUCUCAGGAGAUGGUACCCGAAGACAGCGGCUCAAGACAUUAUGCAAGGACUGCCGAGCACAGAGAAUUGCUUUCAACCGGGAGCAAAGGAUGUUUAAACGUGUGGGCUGCGGGGAGUGCGCGGCCUGCCGGGUAACCGAGGACUGCGGGGCCUGCUCCACCUGCCUUCUGCAGUUGCCCCAUGAUGUGGCCUCGGGGCUGUUCUGCAAGUGUGAGCAGAGACGGUGCCUCCGGAUUGUGGAAAGGAGCCGAGGGUGUGGAGUGUGCCGGGGCUGUCAGACCCGAGAGGACUGUGGCCGUUGUCGAGUCUGCCUUCGCCCUCCCCGCCCUGGUCUCAGGCGCCAGUGGAGGUGUGUCCAGCGGCGCUGCUUACGGCACCUUGCCCACCGUCUCCGUCGCCACCAUCAGCGAUGUCAACGACGCCCUCCCCUAGCUGUGGCUCCCCCUGCUGGUAAACGUAGCCGCCGCAGAGGAGGCUGUGACUCCAAGAUGGCAGCUCGGCGGCGCCCCCCGCGAGCCCAGCCACUGCCUCCAGUUCCCCCAUCACAGCCUCCAGAGUCCCCAGAGCUGCACCCCAGAGCCCUGGCCCCCUCGCCACCUGCCGAGUUCAUCUAUUACUGUGUAGACGAGGACGAGCUACAGCCUUACACGAAUCGUCGGCAGAACCGCAAGUGUGGGGCCUGUGCAGCCUGCCUACGCCGGAUGGACUGUGGCCACUGCGACUUCUGCUGUGACAAGCCCAAAUUUGGGGGCAGCAACCAGAAGCGUCAGAAGUGUCGUUGGCGCCAAUGCCUGCAGUUUGCCAUGAAGCGGCUGCUGCCUAGUGUCUGGGCAGGAUCUGAGGAUGGGGCAGGGCCGCCCCCACCUUAUUCUCGUCGAAAGAGACCUGGCUCUACUCGACGGCCCCGUCUGGGGCAGAUACUGAAGACCUCCUUGACCACACCCACAGCCCGAUCAGGCCGUGCCCAGACUCCAAUGAAACAGGAAACAGGCAGUGGCUUUGUGCUACCCCCACCUGGCACCGACCUUGUGUUCUUACGGGAAGGUGCAAGCAGUCCUGUGCAGGUGCCUGGCCCUGCUUCAGCUUCCACAGAAGCCCUGUUGCAGGAGGCCCAGUGCCCUGGCCUGAGUUGGGUUGUGGCCUUACCCCAGGUGAAGCAAGAGAAGGCGGAUGCCCAGGAAGACUGGACACCGGGCACAGCCAUCCUGACUUCUCCUGUAUUGCUGUCUGGCUGCCCCAGCAAGGCAGUAGACCCAGGCCUGCCACCUGUGAAGCAAGAGCCACUGGACCCUGAGGAGGACAAGGAGGAAGAGAGCAAGGAUGACUCCGCCUCCGACUCGGCACCAGAGGAGGAGGCAGGAGGGGCUGGCACACCCGUGAUCACCGAGAUUUUCAGCCUGGGUGGAACCCGCCUCCGGGACACAGCAGUCUGGUUGCCAAGGUCCAAGGACCUUAAAAAACCUGGAGCUAGAAAGCAGUAGACUGGAGGCUUCUGCAGACUGUAGGAUUCAAGGUGAUAUUUAAAGACUGGCUUUAUGAGAGAACACUGAUCUACUCAGAGGCUGGACCGUAGACCGAGGGGCUUAUGUAGGAUUCAAUAGGAACUGGAAAAACCUACCACCAAACCAGAGAAGCAGGCCUAUUCAGUACUUUGAGCUUAUAGCAGAAGUAAGCAGGAAAGGAAGAGAAAGAAUAGAAAGUUGUUGCAUCUGCUCCAACUGGUACAAAUCCCGGGAGCUUGACUGAUAAGAAGUGUGGAUAUUACAGGUAGGGGAUCUGGGGUGGAGAGGAGAUGUAAAAGCCACCACAAAACAGCCUAUACAAGCCAUCUUCAUGAAUAAUCUUUCAGUGGCUUCUGGAUGAGACCUGGCGGUGUUUCUGAACAUUUCCAUUUUCUCAGAGAGACAGCAUUGGAAAGUGUAAUGUGAAUAAACGAGGAAAGGAACUCUAUUUGAUAUAGUUCCUCCUACUGAUAUAAUUUAUUUAGCUCUCCAAUCUUUUUAGGAAGACAAUAAUUUUUGCCCAUUUUUGCAUUUGGGAAAACAAGACUCAAAGAAAUUAAAUAACUUGUCCAGUGUCAGACAACUCAUACCAGUAAGCCUAGAAAAAAACCCCAGGUUGUAAAAACCUUGUUCUUUAAGCCACCAAACUGUAAGCUGUAAUCCUAUAUCCAAUAAUGUAUAAUAUUAUAGUAACAGAAGUUUCCAGUGACCUUGAAAACAAAGUGGAUUACCCUAAAAAGAACAAAUCGCUUACACUGCUGCCUCUAGCGUGGUUUAGGGAGUGCCAAGGCUGUGUGGAUUUGGUCACCUUGUCACGGCACCAUGCAUUCAAGAGACUGGGUUCUUCUGAGGCCUUAGGUGUUGCAUAAUAUUCCUCAAACACUAACGGACGCCUUCCCCAGGGGUCACUGUCCAUUUUGCUUGUUGCCCUCAUUCUUCUCAGCCAAAGCAGUCUUCAGAAGUAAAGCUGCCAGUCUGGUUUGCUGACAACUUGCCUCCCUGCCCCCUGAUGACUUUUGUGCUUGGUUUCUGCCCUUGGCCCCUCUCUACUAGGGGACCGAAUUCCUGCUUCAAGUUCUACAUAAGGGCCAGUCUUGACACAGUCCCACCUCACUUCCCAGUUCUUCAUAAAGUACCAAAAAGUUUAGACCUGUGGUUCGUUACAUAGCCAGCUUUACAGGGCUGUGACUGAGUGCAUGCCUCCUUAAAUUCUGUAGCCUUUGUAUCUCCCCUACCUUAUUCUAGUCCAGGCCCUUCAGCUUUAGAUAAUUCAGAUGUAGAUUAGACAUUUCCCUACUGUUAACCCUUUCUGCUACCCUCUCUGCUCCUUCCUUUGCUUUACCUUCUUGAGCCAGAGACAAGACUGGGUAAUUUUCUGGUAUUGUUUUGUUCUCCCCAGGACCCAGCCACCCAACCCUAGCAUUCUGUGAUGUCUUACAUGAAAUUUAUUUGAUUGGCAUUCAGACUCCUAAGAGUCUGGUUACAGUGUGUAUCCCAGUACAAUCAGAAAAGCAGCACCACUAAUAUAAAGAUUAUAUAUAUAUGUAUAUAUAUGUGUGUGUAUAUAUAUAUGUAUAUGUAUAUUUUAAGGGACUUAAUAGGGAUUUGAGCUUAUGCAGUAGUGGGAGCUGAGUAAACAGUCUCUGUAAGGCUGUUGUCUUUGCAUCUAAUGCUGGAGCUUGAAGUCUGCAGGGCAGGCAAUCGGGAAGGGAAGAUGGAUGUAAAGUGUGGGAGACGGAGGACACUUUGGCGCGCACGAGCAAGAGCUGGAACCGGCGAGGAUGGCCUAGAACCCAUGUCGGUGUCUCAGCACCUCCAACUUCGAUGAUGUGGGUGUCCUGCAGAAGAAGCUGGUGCCCUUCAUCACAGAGUUAAAUACUCAUCCUGCCCAGGAAUUAGAGAAGCUGAAGGAAGAUCCCAGGGAAAGUGGAGCAGCUGCAGGCCUGACUGCAGGCCUGACUGCUGCCCCACACCAAC